AAAUAGGAACCUGGGAGAGUCCUGAAGUGAGCGGUGUUCAGCCACUGCCUAGGACGUUUCACACAUCCUCAGCAGCUAUAGGAGACUGUCUGUAUGUGUUUGGAGGGGGAGAUAAAGGAGCAGAACCCGUUACAGACCAGCAGCUUCACGUAUUUGACACAGCCACCUUGACCUGGUCCCAGCCAGAUACUCACGGUGAUCCACCCUCUCCUCGGCAUGGACACAUCGUGGUUGCAGUUGGGACCAAACUCUUCAUACAUGGAGGUUUAGCUGGUGAUAUUUUUUACAAUGAUCUGUUCUGCAUUGAUAUAAAUGACAUGAGAUGGGUUAAGAUACCAGCCACAGGUGACAUCCCAGGAGGACGGGCAUCCCACUCAUCAGCUGUGUUUAAAGACCACUUGUACAUUUUUGGUGGAAUAGGUCCAGAUGGGACACUAGAUACUACGUACAAGUAUCACAUAGAGAAGCAGCAGUGGAUGCUCCUACAGUUCGAUUCCCCUCUGCCCCCUGGGAGGCUGGACCACGCCAUGUGCGUCAUUCCCUGGCGGGCCGGCAGGAGCAGAGACACAGGAGCUGUUGCCUGGGAAGACAAAGCUGGGAAGGAGUCAACUGUGUCAGCAGGUGACGAAGCCAGCCCCCUCCACAACAGCCAGGAUGAGGAGUGUGCUGAAGAUGCAGUUGUGCAUCUUCUGUUAAUAUUUGGUGGGAUGGACACACAGGGGGAAAUAUACAGGGACUGUGUCGUUAGUCUGAUUGACUAG